UUACGAGUGACUAUUUUGGUUCUAAUCGGUAUCUUGGCCUUCUCCAGCCGUCUGUUUUCUGUCCUGCGUUUUGAAAGCGUUAUUCAUGAGUUUGAUCCAUGGUUCAACUAUCGUACAACUAUUCAGCUUGUAGAAAACGGAUUCUAUGAUUUCCUCAAUUGGUUUGAUGAACUAUCUUGGUAUCCGCUUGGACGAGUUGUUGGCGGAACUGUAUAUCCUGGCAUCAUGGUCACUGCUGGUCUGAUCCACUAUGUUUUGAAUCUACUCAAUUUUCCUAUUCACAUUCGUGAGAUCUGUGUUUUUCUUGCACCGCUAUUUUCUGCACUGACCGCUGUUGCUGCCUAUCUGCUGACAACAGAACUUAAAGAUACUUCGGCGGGUCUUCUUGCAGCCAUUUUCAUUGGUAUUGCUCCCGGAUAUAUUUCUCGUUCAGUUGCGGGAUCUUACGACAACGAAGGCAUUGCCAUUUUUCUACUUGUAUUCACUUUUUACUUGUGGAUCAAAGCGCUGAAACUUGGAUCUGCAUUCUACGGUAUUUUGACAGCAGUAUUCUACUUUUAUAUGGUGUCUGCAUGGGGUGGGUAUGUGUUCAUUACCAACCUGAUCCCCUUGCAUGUGUUUGCGCUUAUUCUUAUGGGGAGAUUCUCUACUCGCAUUUAUAUAUCAUAUUCGACAUUCUACGUGAUUGGCACGUUAUCGUCGAUGCAGAUUCCAUUUGUCGGUUUCCAGCCUACAUUUACUAGUGAACAUAUGGCUGCUCUCGGUAUUUUUGGACUUGUACAGAUCAUGGCAUUUAUUGAGCUGCUAAAAAGCCAUUUAUCUGAAACCCAUUUCAAGCGUCUUUUUGUUGGUAUCGCUAUUGGAUUUUUCUUUAUCGGUCUUGCUGCUUUGGUUGGUCUUACUUUUAGCGGAAAAGUUGCUCCAUGGACAGGCCGUUUCUAUUCACUCUGGGAUACUGGUUACGCUAAAAAGUUUAUUCCUAUUAUUGCAUCUGUCUCUGAGCAUCAGCCAACUGCAUGGCCUGCGUUUUUCUUUGAUCUACAGCUUUUAAUUGUCGUAUUUCCCGCUGGCAUUUUCUUUUGCUUCCGUGAAUUGCGCGAUGAGCAUAUCUUUGUAAUUCUAUACUCGGUGACUGCUUCCUACUUUGCCGGAGUGAUGGUGCGUUUGAUGCUGACUCUUACACCCAUUGUAUGCGUUGCAUCUGCCAUUGCCUUUUCAUAUCUUCUAGACCUAUAUCUUAAAGAAGAUAUUGUUGAUGCUGCUCGUCCACCCACUUCUGAACUUUUAAACGCAGCUACUGAAUCUGUUGAAAAGGAGAGUAGCAAGAAAAAGGCUUCUUCUGGAGAUGCAUCCAACCAUGACACUAAUGCUCCAACCACCUUCCACUCUACUGUCAAGUUGGCCGUCCUUGUUCCCAUGUGUAUUAUUCUUUUCAUCUUUACUUGGCACUGUACCUAUGUAACCUCCACUGCCUACUCAUCUCCUUCUAUUGUUCUUGCCUCGACGGCUCAAGACGGAUCUAUGCAUAUUAUUGAUGAUUUUCGCGAGGCUUACUAUUGGCUGCGUCAAAACACGGACGAGAAAGCCAAAGUUAUGGCAUGGUGGGAUUAUGGCUAUCAGAUUACUGGAAUGUCGAACCGCACAGUUAUUGUUGACAACAAUACCUGGAACAAUACUCACAUUGCUACUGUUGGAAAAUCCAUGUCUUGUACCGAGGAGGUCUCUUACCCUAUCAUGCGCAAGCUCGAUGUUGACUACGUGCUGGUUAUAUUUGGCGGUUUGAUUGGAUACUCUGGCGAUGACAUUAACAAGUUUUUGUGGAUGAUUCGUAUCGGCCAAGGUGUGUACCCAACCGAUAUUUCCGAGCGUGAUUUCUUUACCCCUCAAGGCGAAUAUGCUGUUGAUGCCCGUGCAUCUAAAGUCAUGAGGUCAUCGCUCAUGUACAAACUCAGUUACUACCGCUUUACGGAACUGUAUGGACCUGGUCGACCUGGACGUGAUCAUGUGCGUGGUGCGGAUAUUCCUGCAACUCCAAUCCAUCUAUCUACUCUUGACGAAGUGUACAGCACCGAGAAUUUGAUUGUCAGAAUUUAUCAGAUUAAAAAGCCAGACAACUUGGGGAGACCGCUGCAUGCUGCAGCACGAUUUGGAAAAAAGCGACCCAGGCCUACUCGUGGCAAGAAGGCUGCCUCUGCCUCCAAGAAUACUCGUGGUUAG